AUCGGAUUUUCUACGCAUUCUUUCAGAUUUGAGGAGAACGAAAGAUAACAAAUGCAAACUUUUAGAAGGAGUGAGUAGCUGAAGGAAACUCAUCAUAGUUGAUUUGCUUAUGUACACUCCAGGUAGAUAAUUUACCAUCUCCAGCCAAAGAAUUAUGAAGUCUGUUCUAUAAAGUGUUCGUACCCCCCUGGACGGUGUUUCCAAGAUGGCGAUGGGUUAUGAGAGUCAUGAAGAAUCCACCAUUCAAGAUGGCGUCACCGUCUCCCUCGGCAACGAAACAUACUACUACGACAACGACAGUUUUGUUGAGGCCUAUAGUCAUGGAAGCGAUUCCGGUGUCCCCCCGCCCUUCAGCAAACCCACGGCCGUCAACAUCACCAAAGUCAUUGCUUACGUCGUGAACAUUAUCGUUACCAUUAUCGGUAACACUAUCGUGAUCAUGAUCAUUCUUAGGAACAAGAAUAAAAACAUGAGGUCAGCAACUUACUAUUACCUCAUGAACCUGGCCAUUGCUGAUCUCAUUGUGGCAUGCUUCACCGAAUGGACUUUUUUGGCGGCGCUGCUCAGCCCCGAGUCGUGGCCCUUUGGAAAUUUCAUGUGCAAGUUCUCGACAUUUAUUCAAGGAUUGUCUGUACAUGUAAGCAUCUUGACUCUCAUGGUUGUUGCUGGGGACCGGUAUAUCGCGAUACUUCAUCCAAUCAAAUCGAGAGUAGUAAAACGGAACGCCUGGUUGGUUAUCGCCUCUGUAUGGCUGUUCUCCACGGCUAUCAAUAUACCGUUGGUCAUUUAUCAGCACUUUUUGGAACAUGUCUGGCCGAACGGAGAAAUUCGGAGAUACUGCUUCGAGCACUGGGGCGUCGUCGGGAAGGAGCAGUGGCCUCUUGCGAAAGAGAUGUAUACCUUCACUACCUUCGUAUUUGUCUACGUAGUCCCACUCGUACUAAUGUCUGUUGCCUAUGUCCGUAUCGGUAUGACCCUCAGUUACCGGAGCAUCAGCGGGCCAGGUGUGUCCGUUAAAGCAACAAUCUCUGUGCAGGAUAAGGCUCGCAAAAAGGUAGUAAAAAUGAUGAUCGUUGUGGUGAUAACGUUCGCUCUCUGCUGGUUGCCCUAUCACAUCUACAACCUCUACAUGCAUAUCCAACGUGCGGGUGCGAAGAUGGACCUAGAUAUCUCAUUCUUCGUCAUGUGGCUUGGCUACGCCAACUCUGCGAUGAACCCUUUCAUCUACUGCGGCUUCAACGAGAACUUCCGCCGAGGAUUCAGCGACGCCUUUACUGGCCGCUGGUGUAGAAAGCAACCAUCGCACCAGAAAUUCCCCACCGGAACGACGACGAAGUCGGUGACGACCUCGAUGCUCACACACACCGACCACAUCGAUCCGACCUCUAUGGAGUCGAUGUUGUAAUCCGAGACGGCCGUGACGUAGAGUGAACGGAAAUGGACUAUGAUGGUAUCAGGACUUUAAUUCGUUACUAUGACUAGAACGCAGGCGGUAGAGAGCAACCCGCCAGGACAGACUCGAAGAAUGUUCGGUUUUCACAGCCAACUACACAGUCGAGUGAACUUAAGAUUCAGCUUUUUGGAGAUAUAUUAAUCAUUUUUUUUAUCAACCCUAUGAUGUACAAAAUGAAGCUGGAGCCACUGUAUAUAUAUAUAUAUAUAUUCUUGCCUAUCAACACACAAAGGAACGGUGACACGACAUUUUCCCCUGCGACAUUGGCUCUGGUAUCAGUAUCUCAGAGGGGACAGGGUUAUCAUGGUUAUAGGAUUGUAAUAAGAGUUUUUGGUUCAGAAUUUUCGGAUCAAUUGUCGCCGCGGCAAAUACCAUGGACCCAAAGGAACAGUCAAGAUGUUUCGCAUUUGCCUCGCUUUUCUGGCUCUGGUGAAAAGCCAGAAAUCGAAAAUGAGAAUUAUUUUUGUUACUUUAAUCGGACAGAGGGUCUGGUUUGAGAGGUAACCAUACAGCUUCCACAUUGAUAUCGUCGUUCUCGUUAUUGGGUAGUUUUUGCUCUGCGACGCAUAACGGAUUCUAGAACACAGUAGACAUAUUGAAAAUGCCCGUCAAAUGACAAUGAACAGCUGGGAGGUUUUUGUCGAAGAUUGGUAAACCGGAUUAGCAGCUUCAUCCCAAGUUUUGGAGCUGACGAAAAUUGGGAAUAUGUCGUUUGUCGGGAAUCCAGAACGAAACCGCCGCAUUAUUUACAUUUUUUUUUCGACAAAGACUUCUUGGUAAUUCAAUGUCAUGAAGAGCAUUUGACAAUGCAUUUUCGGUUUUCCUGCGCCGGAGAGCGAAAACCCCCAAUUAGCAACAUCAUCAUCACUGCAGUUUUGCGAUCUAUAAGCAUGAUAAGAUUGAACAGAAACCAUUUUGUGAUAUUUUUCUUUACUUACUUUUGUGCAAUACGUGUACUUUUUGUAAUGUUUUUCCCCACAUUUCCUUCGCACGAACAAAAGAUUAAAAUGAUAUUUGUUCUUUGAUGAGCCUCAGAAAUCGAAUGUUUCUAAUCGACUUACGUAAGUGUACGUCAUAGUCUAAAGAAUUGUGAUGUUCAACAUGGCGCCCGUUAUGCGACCAACGUCUGCAAACUCUUUGUCGAGCGCAUCGUAUCCCAUAUUUUCCUCCAUACUCUAAUCCUUUCAUUCACUGAAUAUAUAUUUUUAAUUUUAACUGACCGUCCCUUUGAUGAUCUUGCCGUUUUAUGAGGCAGGUAAUGUAGGGACGGAUCCAUUGUCUAACAAGGGGGGUAUCCGAUUUUGUAUACAGCAAUUCAUUUUUCAAGACAAAAAAAAAUCAUCGCUCCAAAAAGUAAAAAUUGUCAUUAAUAGAAAUUUGAGAAGAAAAAAGGACGAAAAUGAAGAAGAGAUUUCAAUUUAAACAAACGUGUAUUCUUAUGUCCUCUAUGUGAUUGGGAAGUCAGCGAUUGGUGGACACCAAUUAGCUAAUGACCAAGAGAUGGCGUUGUGCAUCAAACAUAACACAGAGAUACGAUCUUACAUACACCAUAAACUAAAUAAAAUCAUUUUCGCGCAAAAGCAAUUCGAACAGGUAAAAAUAUACAUCGUGUGACUCCCCCAGAUUUAUUGAUUGUUUAUCUAAGCAUAAUCGAUAAAUCAUUUGCGAUUUCAUAUUCUUUUACAUGAUAAUUUUGCUCAGUAGUGUAUUGUUCACUUUUUCUCGCUCCAAAAUGAUUUGUAUUGGGACAAGGGUUCUUUCAGAUUUGAUAAUUUUUUCUGAACCGAAAAAAAAAUCGAAUUAAGAUUCUUAUAGCAGAUUAUUCAAAUGUUCAUUCCUAGGGUUGCAUAGAAAAUAAGUCGUCAAGUGACUCAUUUCCUAUUUCGAUUUGAAGAACUGUAAAUGAAAGUCUAGAAAUGUAGCUUAUGUUAGUGCCCAACAGCUAGAAUCAUUGCUUUGCCAAGUCAGUUACUGCUUGUAGCGUACUGAUCUGAUCUUGGCUCACAAAGAAGUAAGCAUAUUGGCCAUGUUUAACUCGAAUAUGAUAUCUCGAACUUCGAUCUCGAAACUCAGAUGUGUCACUUUAUGUCGUAUACAACCAUUAUCUUGAUUGGUGAUUUCAAGUA